UUUUCACCCUCUUUUUUAAGGGAAAAAGCUGCAUCUUAUACUCUGAAAAAUACAGUAAUUAAUGGCUGGCUUCAGGCAGGGAGUGAUCUACAGAAUUAUCUGGGUUCUGUGAUAAUCAAAAGGUAUAUGUGACCCUUUAAUAUCAACGUUAAGCACAUUGCUCAAAGGACCGGGAUUAAGACCAGAGGAGAAAAACUUAAAAUGGGUUUGAGCUGCAAAUUGAAUUGGUUCUCCCUGCUCUUAAUUUUUCCUGGAAUCUACCUAGUAGGGUUGGUAAGUCCCUCUGUUAGUCUGAGUUCAUGUCCACCAGAGGCUGUUGGCUGCUUUCCCCCCUGCCUUAGAGUGCAUUCGAUGGAAGAGCGAGAAGACCAGAAGGACAGGUUGGAAUUUGUACGAAACCAGCUCAACCUUUUAACAGAUGAGGUUAAGAAGAAAAUUAAAGAUGUUACAGAAGAAGUUGCCAACAAGGUGUCUUCUGCCAUGACUGAUGAAAUCUGUCGGCUUUCAGUUUUGGUAGAUGAGUUUAGCUCUGAUUUCCAUCCAUCUCCACAAGUUUUGAAACUUUAUAAAAGUGAACUCAGCAAGCACCUAGAGGAAGGAUUGGGAAGGAACCUGGCAGUCCGUUGCUCCAGCGAAGUCAACAGCUCUAUGCAUCAAUCCCAGCAAGAAAUUAUUGGUAAAGAAGAAUGAAUAAAUACUGACCGUUUGACUUCUCCCCUUCCCUCACCCUGCAUAUGUGUGUGCUUAUAUAUGGAAUUCAUUUCAAGAGUCAACUCUUGCCCUCAGUUACUUAAAACACCAUUUUUUUAAAAAAACAAACUAU